UUUAAACCAAGUUUAUCUAAGUUUAUUAACUUACACCCUAUGGUGUACAGUAUGUAUGCAGUGACGGUGAGCAGAGGUUCUACCCCUUAGUAUUUGGGGACGCGUCUGUCUCAUCCCUCCCAUUCCUAUGUCUCUGACUCCUCCACCCGUACUCUCCGCAGAACGACGCGAGCUCCAGCUGCUGUGAACAACCAAGGUUUAUGUAUUUAUGUUUGAAGCGGCAACAAUGAACACGAGCAGUGGACCCUGGGAAGGAGCAGCAAUCAGCACAACUGAAUAUGAUUAUUCUGAUUUUGGACUUAUUGCACCAUGUGAAUACGGACCCCAUGCAAGCCGGUUCCUCCCAGUGCUCUACUCCCUGUUCUUCGUGGUGGGCUUCCUGGGCAACAUGCUGGUGCUGUGGGUGAUCCUGAGAAGUGUUCAGAUAAAAAGCAUGACUGAUGUGUCUCUCCUGAACCUGGCGAUCGCUGACCUUCUACUAAUCUUCACUCUCCCGUUCCUGGCUCACUAUGCCAGAGAUACCUGGGUAUUUGGUAACACCAUGUGCACUCUGGUCCUUAGUGUGUACUACAUUGGAUUUUAUGCUAGUAUUAUCUUUAUUGUGCUGAUGGGCAUCGACAGAUACUUGACUAUCGUUCAUUCUGUGUUCGCCUUGAAAAUCCAAACAAAGGCUUUAGGGAUUUUAGCAAGCAUGGUAGUCUGGAUGAUAGCUGUUGCAGCAUCAUUUCCUGAGGUACUGUAUCUUGGAGUUGAAACAUUUGGAAAAGAAUUAGUUUGCAGUGCUUAUCCAAAAACUAAAGAAAGUCACAAUGAGGUGAGAAGUGCAGCUUUCAUUAAAAUGAAUGUUUUGGGCAUGCUGAUCCCACUAAUUAUUGUGGGAUUUUGUUAUUCGAUGGUGCUCAGAAAACUUCAGACCCUUCAUACAUCCAAAAAACAAGUCAUUCGUCUCGUUGUUGUGGUCACAGUAGUUUUCCUCUGCUGUUGGAUACCGUACAACAUUGCAGCACUCCUUAAAGCACUGGAACUAAAGCACAUCCUGUCUCCAGAGUGUGCGUCCAGCAAAAGUAUCCAAAUGAUGCUGCAAGUCACUGAAGCCGUGGCGUACUCACACAGCUGUCUCAAUCCGUUCCUCUAUGUGUUUGUGGGUGAAAAGUUCAAGAAGCAUCUCGCCAGGCUCCUCCUCCAGACGCCAUGUGUCCAUGUGCAGUGUAUGAAGCGCUACACGACCCAGGUCUCAGGCUCAGUUGAUCCACAAACUGAAAAUGUUGAUGAACUCUCAGUUGCCAUCUAAAUGCUCAAAGAACAGCAUAAUGUAUAUAAAUACAUCUACAUGUCUUAUAAAUCUCUUAAAUAAGUUAACAAUUAUUAUAAUAUGCACCACUUGUGAAUGGUUUGUGAAGUUUCAGAGUGGUUGCUUUAACCUUUUUACCUUUAAUAUGCAUCGUUCACAAAAAAUGUGUUUACAGUGUACUUAUACAGUAUAUAACAUUCAUGGACAUAUAAUUAGACAGUAAUUAAGGAUGAAUUAUUAUGUUUGCAUUUAACUGCACAUACACAUAUGCAAGACAUAUAUGAAAUGGAAAAAGUAAGUAAAUAGUGGUAAUAGUAUAAUCCCAUGUGACUGACCAAGCAAAUUAUCACUGUGUCUCAAAUGUCAUACUGUGUAUUAUUCUAGACAGUCAUUGUGUAUUAAGAUGAAUCACUUAUUUUAUCUUAAAACACA